GUUAUCAAAACCAUAAGAUUUUUCUCGUGAGCCAAUAAAGGCAACCUCUGGUACCUUCAUCACCACUCGAUCACAUUAUAAGUCUAAUGAUUGACCUUCAAUAAUCUCAAAAAAUCAAAAUCACUGUUAUUGGUUCUUCUGAUUUCCUCCACUUUAUUGCAUACUUACAAAUUCAUUAAUUUAAUCCUCUUCACCUUCCUUUCUGUCAAGUGAGUUGAGAUCACUGCAAUGGCUUCUUCAUGUGUGACCUUGAAAGCCAAUGCCCACUUGGCAAACUCACCGAAAGACCAUAUUUUUCGUCUAGAAAGUACCUUUCUUGGAGAAAGAGUGAAAGUUGGUCUGAACAGCAGUGCCUUUGUGGCGAAUCAGUUGGCCAAAUGUUCAAGAAGCCAGAGGAGGGUGCCGCAUGAUGUUGCAUCUGCUAUCCUCACUUCAAACGAUGCCAAAGAAUCAGUGUCCUUGCAAGUGCCUUCAUUCCUGAGACGAAGGGCUGAUCCUAAAAAUGUUGUUUCCAUCAUACUGGGUGGAGGACCCGGGAAGCAACUCUUUCCCCUCACCCAACGAGCUGCCACACCUGCGGUGCCUGUGGGGGGAUGCUACAGGCUUAUAGACAUCCCUAUGAGCAACUGCAUCAACAGUGGCAUCAACAAAAUAUUUGUUCUGACUCAGUUCAACUCUGCAUCUCUCAACCGUCACAUCGCCCGCACUUAUUUUGGAAAUGGCAUCAACUUUGGGGAUGGGACCGUGGAAGUUCUGGCGGCUACUCAAACACCGGGAGAGGCUGGAAAGAAGUGGUUCCAAGGAACUGCAGAUGCUGUGAGGCAAUUCACUUGGGUAUUUGAGGAUGCCAAGAACACAAACGUUGAGAAUGUAUUGAUCUUGGCUGGAGAUCAUCUAUAUCGAAUGGAUUACAUGGAACUAAUACAGAGUCACAUUGAUAGAAAUGCUGAUAUCACUGUUUCAUGUGCUGCUGUGGGUAACAGCCGUGCUUCAGAUUAUGGAUUGGUUAAAGUAGAUGAUAGAGGCCGCAUCAUUCAAUUUUCAGAAAAACCAAAGGGUGAUGAUAUGACAGCAAUGCAAGCGGACACCUCUCUUCUUGGGUUGUCACCCUCAGAUGCACUGAAGUCACCGUAUAUUGCGUCUAUGGGGGUUUAUGUAUUCAAGACAGACGUUUUACUCAAUCUUCUAAAAUGCAGGCAUCCUACCUCCAAUGACUUUGGAUCUGAACUCAUCCCUGCAGCUGUGAGGGACCACAAUGUCCAAUCGUAUUUUUUCAGAGAUUAUUGGGAAGACAUUGGAACAAUAAAAUCCUUUUAUGAUGCUAACUUGGCUCUUACUGAAGAGAGUCACGAGUUCGAAUUUUAUGACCCCAAGACUCCCAUUUACACAUCUCCAGGAUUCCUACCACCGACUAAGAUUGACAAAUGCAGGAUCGUGGAUGCCAUUAUCUCACAUGGAUGUUUCCUGCGAGAAUGCACAGUCCAACACUCCGUUGUGGGUGAACGAUCACGUUUGGAUUAUGGAGUUGAAAUUCUGGACACUGUGAUGAUGGGAGCGGACUAUUACCAAACUGAAUCCGAAAUUGCUUCCCUCCUGGCAGAGGGGAAGGUCCCAAUUGGGAUUGGAAGGAAUACCAAAAUUAGGAACUGUAUCAUUGACAAGAAUGCAAAAAUUGGGAAAGAUGUCAUCAUCAAGAACAAAGAUGGCGUUCAAGAAGCAGAUAGACCAGAAGACGGGUUUUAUAUUCGAUCAGGAAUCACCAUCAUAGCGGAGAAGGCAACAAUAGAAGAUGGCACUGUCAUUUAAAAGGAUAGAGCUUAUGUCUUGGGCGGGUUGCCCAAAGGCGCUCGGUGAAAGAAUCAUUGUGAGGAACACACUCAAACAUCUUCGCGGACAUAAUGCAAUGGAGAAAGCAGAACACCGAUUUUCUAUUUGUAAAAUAGAACCACCCUUCCCCCCACCAGUUCAUGUAAAAAUAGGAUGAAUAAAACAUGAAAGUCAAGUCGCAUGAAAGCAAAUAAAUUGAAGGACAGACUCUGAGCCACUAA